CCAGUCUGGCUUUGGCCGUCGGUCGUCGAGGUUUUCGGUUCCGAAAUUUUCUGUUUCCUCAUCCGUGAUACGCGUGCUCCGUUCGGUGCCUCAUCAUACUGGAAAAAGUAAAGAAAAAGUUAGUUUUUUUCAUCUGGGUGUUGUGAAUGACUUUUCGCCCCCCAUCAGCAUUUUUUUCCUUGUUCAUAGGAAAAAGGAAGCCCUCAUAAUCCGAUUCGAGUGCAUUUUCGAUUACUUGCUCACAUUCUUUAUAAGGUCGGAGGAUUGUUUUGCCCCAUCACCUCACCAGGGUUUCGGACCAGACUGGAAAAAGAAUGUUUUGUUACUUAAUACAAUGUCAGGAGAUGGUGAAAGCAAAUUCAAAUAAUAAUAGAUAAAGUGCAAUCUAGUGUUUCCGAGCUGCUAGGGCUUUUCCCGGAAAUAACUCUCGACGGAGUUGGAGUUGCUGUUGUGCAUAUUAAUAGGAUUUGCGUUCGAGUUAUCAGCCCAUGGUGGAGGAGUUGUGAGGAUUCGUUUACCUGUGUGGAAAUAACAAAAAUAGCGAAAACAGCUGUGUUGCAGAUAGUCCGGGCGACAAGGACUAAGGAGCCUUCGAGGGACAAGUUGGGGCGGAUCCGUGUUUAGGGGCCGUCGAAGAUGGCCGGAUUUGCGUCCCAGGCUGCCCUUCGCUCGAAGUGGGGCGAUCUGGUCGACAGUGGCUCGGCCAGCAUUGAAUCGUCGGAAGUUUCCCAGGGUUUGAAAAACGUCGUCGGAUGGAUCAAACAGGCAUCGGUAGAAGUCCGGGAGGCAGGCAAACGAGCCGUGACCCAGCUUCAGACGACGACCCCCAAGAACCUGCUGCACCUGGCCCCGGGAACGCUGAUCAAACAACACGUGAAUGACCGAGGCGUCGCGGAGGACGGAAUGAGUGGAACCAAUAGCAGUGCCGGAGCAGCCGGCCCAGCACUUACCAUACUGCACUACAACGAUGUGUACAACAUCGACGCCACCUGUAAGCAGGAACCGAUUGGCGGGGCCGCCCGAUUCUGCACCGCCAUCCGGUCCUUCAGCCAUCUGAAUCCGUUGGUCCUGUUCAGUGGCGACGCUUUCUCGCCCAGCAUGCUCAGCACCUUCACUCGGGGGGAGCAGAUGGUUCCGGUGCUGAACUCCGUUGGGACACACUGUGCCGUGUUUGGCAAUCAUGAUUUCGAUCAUGGCCUGGACGUCCUCGCCGAGUGGGUCGAAAAAACCACGUUCCCCUGGUUGAUGUCCAAUGUGGUGGAUAAUGAAACCGGACGACCGCUAGGCGGAGGCAAAAUAACCCACAUCCUGCACCACAGUGACGUGAAAAUCGGUCUGAUCGGUUUGGUGGAGAAGGAAUGGCUGGACACUCUGCCAACGAUAGAUCCCAACGAGGUCACCUACAUAGACUUCAUCAAAGCCGGCAACCAACUGGCCGACGAGCUGCACAAUCAGGGCUGUGAUGUGAUCAUUGCCCUUACCCAUAUGAGGACUCCGAACGAUAUCGAGCUUGCCAAGCACAGUGGGCACAUUGAUCUUAUUUUGGGAGGUCACGAUCACGUGUUUGAAAUUUUGAACAUUGAGGAUACGCAUGUUAUCAAAUCGGGAACCGAUUUCCGGCAGUUCUCUCGUAUCGGUGUUAACACUGAGAGGAACGAACACGGUAAGAUCAGUAUCACGGUUGAAAAAAUCGAUGUCAACUCGACGAAAUACAACGAAGAUCCAGUGCUCAAGGAGGAACUGAAAAAGUAUUCCGAAACGAUCGAAUCAAAAAUGGAUGAGGUGUUGGGAACAUUUUCGGUCGAGCUUGAUGGACGGUUUUCUUCCAUCCGAACAUCGGAAACGAAUUUAGGCAAUUGGAUCUGUGAUGUUGCACUGGCAGCAACGGGAGCUGAUGCGGUGAUGAUCAACUCAGGGACAUUCCGAUCGGAUCAAAUCCAUCAAGCCGGACCGUUUACUAUGCGUGAUCUGGUCAACAUUAUUCCGAUGCAGGAUCCUCUGAUAGUGCUCGAGGUAACCGGAAAAACACUACACGAAGCAUUGGAAAACUCAGUGUGCACCUAUCCAAAGCUGGAAGGUCGGUUUCCUCAGAUCGCGGGAAUGUCGUUUGCCUUCGAUCCGUCACAACCACCGGGCAAACGAGUGGAAGCUAAGCUGGUCCGCAUUGGAGAUGAGUGGCUAAACCUGGAGCAGAACUACACGCUGUGCAUUAAAAGCUACAUCUACGGGGGUUGUGAUGGGUACACCAUGUUCAAGGGAUGCCGGGUGCUGAUGGACGAUGACGCUGCACCGGAACUGGGCCUGGCCAUCCAGAACCAUUUCAAGGCGAUCGAUGUACGGCUGGGCAAAACGCACCACACCAAACAUCGACAGUCGCUGGUCACACUUUCCCGCCGGCAUAGUAUGAUCCAGAUGUUGGAGAAUCUGGAACUGGACGGACCGACGCCGAUCCGGAGGAAAUCCUGCAUAAACCAGCCGCGGUACGCGAGCAUGGAGCAUGUCAAACGAGGGACGCUUAUGCGUCGAGCGUCCUUGGACGAUUUGGAACAGAACAGCUGUCAGCUUGCUCCUUCGAUCCAACACAGGAUAAUCAUCGUCCAAAAUCAGGAUCACAUGCACGAAAUGAUUCUCCGGCGAGAAACUAUGGAGAAAAAUUCCGUAAUCAAAGAAACGGACGAACUUACGCCGUAAGUCUACUCGAUCUGCACACCUUUUGUUUGGCUACAACUAUUAAACCAGAUCAUCGAGUUGCUUCACCAGACUACAGCUAUUCAAAUGUUACGUUAUGAUUCUGCGAUCGUUUUCUCUUGUUUGUUUUUAACCUUUCAACUAUCUUGAUCAUCUAAGCAUUCUAAGCCAUCGAUUUCACUUUCAUUCAAACUGAUUUUGAUGAAAACAGAAUCAGAGACAACAAGAUAUUUUAGUGUUUAAGAAAUGCUCAAGAUCUACACAAUCGACAAAAUGUUUUCCGUACUCGAACAGUAAGGGUGCUGUAUAUCUACAUGUUCAUAAAUCAUGACAUGAGUUCACGUAAAAUAUUGAAGAACAAUACAUAAGCUUUGUACAUAUUUAUUUUUCUAAGCAUAUUUUAAACAAAGGUAAAACCAACGCAAUGUAACAAUAGUCCGCCCUUUCGUUCGCAACAAAAUAGUGAAACUUUGUAACGUAAUGCAAAAUCGAAACAAUGAGUUAACAAUGUGUUCCUGAUUCGCUGAAACAUGAUUUAAAAAAUAUCUCACCAAAAUCUUCCCAUCCAUCCACAGCAGAGGCGUCACCAGAAACGGGUUCUAUAGCUACCAUGGAUCCUCCAAUGGGGAAUGAUGAUGAUGAUGAUGAUGAUGAUGAUGAUUGGUGUGAAAUGUUUGACUCCUCGUCCUAGAAUGUAGAACGGUGUACUUCCCCUGGUCAUUUCCCACCAACCAAACCAGUUUUUCGUUAUGGAUGAAGUGAUUAUUUGUCGUUUAAAUUUUUUUUAUUUCUCUCUAUUAUUUUUUCUAAUAAAUUAUUCAAUAUGCUGUUACCCUCCCAGGAAUAGCUCUUUAUCGACGUUGCCUGAACCAGUGCAUUACAUGUCAACAUUUUAACAAAUUUUAUCCCUCAGAUCAAUAAUUUUCUUGCAACCUUAUCCAAUAAUUAAGAGAAUAUUUACAGCUUGUUAAGUUAUCAAAUUACGCAACCUAAUCUGUACUUAUUGAGAAGAAUAAAACACUACCAAACCAUGACAGUUUAAUGUCAUUUUCAUUAUCUUGAAAACUAUUUAAACAGUAGAGUAACCAUUUUCUGCCAUUGUUGUCAGGAUCUAUUAAAAAAACUGUUAACCCAAACGCUAUUUAUUCAAUCCUAAAUGUUAUUUUACAGCAAACGUCCUCCGGAACACGGCUGAUAAAUAGUUUAUAUACCUACAUAUACCAAUAAUAGUCGUUAUAAAUGAUUGUUGUGACAAAGCUAUCCGUUACUCUCUUUAUACAAACUUAUGAGUAGUUUAUGCUGUCAUGCCACCAAUUCUCACUUUCCGAACAAAGAAGAGCAUUGUUAUACGUGCAUUGCUGUGCAACUUAGAUAUGUGUAUUUAAAUUACUCAACAUCCAACAACCAAUAAAAUUAUUGAAAGUAGAGCGUCCCAAAAGUUCUGAUCUUACAGAACCAAAAGAAAGAUAUUAAAUUAAAACUGGCACUGAAAAGAUAUUAAUCAAUACAAAACAAACUCCGGUAACCUAUUUUGAAUGCACUGAAACCAUAGGACACGUGUUUGAUUGAUAACCUUAUUGGAAGAAGCAAAAACUUAAAAACUAAGGGAUAUUUGAGAUUUAAAAAAUAAUAAACAUUAAUGUUACUAGCAAUCAGAGAUAGCAAGAAAACCAAUUGUGAACAUUUUAGAAGUAUAGAAAAUCAAUAAAUUUUAGUGAUUAAAGUAUAAA